UAUCUCCUUGGCAAAUUUGUCACCACAUCAAGGUAAAGAUAAGAAAAGGGCCCACAAUUCCGCUUUCCCUUGUCGAAAAACCGGGUUUUUGGCUUCCCGCUGGGUAAGGAGGUGGCGAAAGGGGUUGUAAACAUCCAGAAGUUUCUUCCACUGGCGCGGGAACCACCACUUAACUUCAUCACGACCACCCACGAUCCCACCACCCUGUCUUGUCCCAACAACUGUUCCAUCGGACACGUACCAUGUCUCUGGUACAGCACGUUUCGGUGAUCGAGGGAGUGGAUCGUGAGCCUGAUCCCCAGGAUGACAGCACCAUCGCAACCGCUGUGAUGGGCGAGCCAUGCGCUCUCGUCCGCCGCAAAAUCAGUUACGAUGUCCUUCAGCCUCAACCUGUCGCUCUCGACAGCUCGGGGACGCCCGCCUAUCAAGUGUCAACUGCCAAGCGAAUUGCUCAGGUGGUUGUCACCAUUCUCGCGUGCUGGUUCGCAGCCGGGGUCGUGUUUGGAUUCGCGGCCUUGAAACCAGUCCUGGUUGCAGAAGGCGUAUAUCGAGAGCUGUGCACAGAGGAAGAACUGCACAAUGGGGUAGAAGUCUGCGCUGAACAGGAUCUCAGAUUGAAUCUGUUCUUCACCAUCGGCUCCAUCACCGCCAAUGUGUCGGCCCUUCCGGUCGGGACUCUCCUGGAUCGCUAUGGAUCGCGUGUUUGUGGCUUUUCAGGGUGCCUGCUUCUUGCCCUGGGUAGCUCGCUGAUGGCCUAUUCCUUUUUCCAGCCACAGUUUGAUGGUUAUAUGGUGGGAAACUUCUUUCUCGCCUUGGGAGGUACUUUUAUCUUUGUGCCUUCUUUCCAGAUCGCAAACGCAUUUCCCAAGUACGCAGGGACCAUUGUUGCUCUGGUGACCGGCGCCUUUGAUGCCUCGGCAGCCGUGUACUUGUUUUACCGUCUGCUCUAUGAAGCAACCCACCGGUCGUUCCAUCCGGGAAAGUUCUUUUUGGGGUAUCUUUUCGUGCCUGUCUUUAUCUUCAUCGGGUUGAUUACGCUUAUGCCCUCUCAUGACUACCAGGGUACAUAUCAACUCGAAGUCAAGAUUGAGCAAGCCGAAGAUGCCACCCGCGAUGUUCACGAUUCCGACGAUGAGAUCGAAAGCGACACGGAGCUGCGACGCAUCCGACGGCAACGCGCCGAGGAACGGCGUAAGAAGCUGCGCAAGAUCGCCAAAGUCCUGGGUAACAAAGGGGAGCGACAAGAACGGGAGCAACGCGAAGAGGAUCGUCAGGUUGCGAGUGCCGUCUGGGGGGCGCUGCAUGGACUGCCCGCACACAAGCAGAUGGCCACGCCCUGGUUUAUCUUGAUCACCCUGAUGACCGUGUUGCAGAUGUUGCGCAUGAAUUAUUUCAUCGCCACAAUUCGAGCUCAGUAUGAGUAUAUGCUGAACUCCGAUGCAUUGGCCGUGCAGAUCAACAGUUUCUUUGACAUUGCUCUGCCUGUGGGAGGGGUAAUUUCUACGCCAUUCAUCGGGUUGCUGCUUGAUCGCGUCAGCGUGCCCGCCAUCCUGGCUAUUAUCGUGGUUUUGACGACGGUGAUUGGUAUUUUGAAUUCGAUCCCAGUCUUGUGGACGGGAUACGCAACCGUGGCACUAUUUGUUUUGCUGCGGCCACUUUACUAUUCCGCCAUGUCUGAUUAUGCAACAAAGGUCUUCGGGUUUGCCACCUUUGGACGUGUCUAUGGGACCAUCAUCUGCUUCUCCGGACUGGUGAAUUUCUCCCAAUACGGUUUAGAUGCACUGACCCAUGGCCCGUUUGGGGGAAAUCCCCUUCCCAUCAAUAUCUUCUUUGCUGGAGCCGGCUUCGUAGUAGGGACGGCGCUGGUGUCCUUUGUGUACGUUGCUGGGCAGCGGAUGAGGGCACGGGAGCAAGAGAUGGAAGAAGAUGAGGAGAGACAGAGACUGAUUCUGGAGGGAGACGAAGAUGAUGAUGAAUAUUGACUGCAGCUCUGUUUGUUGAUUGAUGCAGGUGCAUACGGUGUUUUCUUGAGAGGUAGUUUCAUCGGCGUUUACAUUGUUAAUCGGAGUCGGAGUGGUUGAUGAUAACGAUACUCUGAUAUAGAUAGGUAGUAAGCCCCGUGGGCAGCUAAUAAUAAUCUGAGUGUGGAGGAUGAUGAAUGAAAG